UAUAUUUUUUACUUAGAAAGAUCUUUAUUUUUCUUACAUAUCUAUGAUAUAUAUUUUAACUACAAAGAUCUUUAUGUUUCUUACAUAUCUAUCACUAACUUGUUAGGAAUAUACGGACAAAAGGUGUGCACCUGGUACCGAGCCCCUUACGCGCGUGGAACUUGUACAAAUUAUAAACAUGUCAAGUCCACAGAAUGCGAUAAAGCUUGCAAAAAUAUAAUACAUUUUGAGGGCAGAUGUGAACAUUUUCAGGAAAAAGGAGUAAAGAACCUAGGUUGCUACUGUUAUCCAAGUAUAUGCUAGUGACAAUUGCAAACUUCAAAUCCUAUGUGCAACCAUACUAUUUACUAUUACCAUCCAUCAAUAAUAUGUCAUAAUUUUA